AACCCAUUUCUACAUCUGUUUUUCCUCCAUUUCUAUAUUCUUCUCCCACUGUUCUCUGUAUCUAACAUUCUAACUACAUUAAAAAGAAAAAAUCGUCCAAUUUGCCCGAGAUUUCUAUGUACAUAUAAGCUGGCAUAUGAGUAGCGGAGAAGAAUUGGGAAUUUGAAGAGAACAUCAGAAUGGUAAUCCAGUUAGUUCUUAGAGCUCCAGUGGGUGGCCAUCUUGUCAAAGCUACUCCGCUUGUUCCCAAGAAGCCCAACGGAUUUUCCAGGUUAUGUAUUCGGAAUUGCGUCACAAUGGACCCUCAGAAAUCCCAAAAGUUAGUGCUGGAUGUAAAGGAGAGACUUGAAAGGGAAUAUACAGAUCUCCCGGUGGGAAGAAAUGGAAGAGAUGAUGAGGAGAUGAUCUUAUGGUUCCUGAAGGAUCGCAAAUUCUCAGUUGAAGAUGCUGUUUCCAAGCUGCAUAAAGCCAUUAGAUGGCGUCAUGAAUUUGGUGUAUCAGACUUGUCAGAAGAAUCGGUUAAAAGUGUUGCUGAAACCGGAAAAGCAUAUGUGCAUGACUGUUUUGAUGUCUAUGGAAGACCGGUCCUGAUAGUGGAAGCAUCAAAGCAUUUUCCACAGAAGCAGGAUCCUGAUGAAGAUGAGAAGUUAUGUGUCUUUCUAAUUGAGAAAGCAUUGAGCAGACUUCCCCCUGGUAAACAAGAUAUACUUGGUAUAUUUGAUCUGAGAGGGUUUGGAACGGAGAAUGCAGAUCUUAAGUUCCUUACUUUUAUGUUUGACGUAUUCUACUACUAUUAUCCAAGACGGUUGGGUCAGGUUCUUUUUGUUGAUGCUCCUUUUGUCUUCAAACCAUUGUGGCAGCUUGUCAAACCUGUGCUCAAGUCAUACGCUUCAUUGGUGAGAUUUUGUUCGGCGAAGGAUGUCAGAGAGGAGUAUUUUACAGAAGAGACAGUCCCAGCUAGUUUUAGAAAAUGAAGACAUGAGCACCUGGUACACCAAAACUUUGAUAUACGCAAGAAUAGAAAAGACUGAAUCUUGAUAUAAAGAAGCGUCGGCCAAGAUAACGAUGACAAGCUCAAUGAUGGAAAGGACUAAUGGGGUUAUCGGAUUAUAGUCUUUUCAUAUUUGCAUGAAUGAGAAAGUCACUUUUCCCCGAAGCCCUGUGUUAGAGUUAGGACCAUUUACAACAGCUAUGAUGUAUCAAACUAAAAGAUAGUACAAUGUACUUGGUUUUAUCCGUAUACAAUAAAGCAAGAUGCCCCAAGACUUAAAUUCAAAGGUAAAAGUUUUACAA